GUGGCGAAAGUCGCGGGAGGAAGGUUGUGUUCUCGCGAGAACUCGGCCUUUUGGGUCCUAGGCGUGUGUCAGGACGUGUAUCUUUCCGCCGAAGGUCCCCGCAGAUCAUCCGGAGAGGCACUCGGAGUUGGAACAGUGAGCAGAAUGAAUGCCUCACAGGACCAGAGUGGCUGCUCCAGUACUAGAGAACCCCUUUUGAGGUGUAGUGAUGCACGGAGAGAGUUGGAGCUUGCCAUUGGUGGAGUUCUCCGGGCUGAACAGCAAAUUAAAGAUAACUUGCGAGAGGUCAAAGCUCAGAUUCACAGUUGCAUAAGCCGUCACCUGGAAUGCCUUCGAAGCCGUGAGGUGUGGCUGUAUGAACAAGUAGAUCUCAUCUAUCAGCUUAAAGAGGAGACACUUCAGCAGCAGGCCCAGCAGCUUUACUGGUUAUUGGGCCAGUUCAAUUGUCUUAUUCAUCAACUGGAGUGCACACAAAACAAAGAUCUAGCCAAUCAAGUCUCAGUGUGCCUGGACAGACUGGGCAGUUUGACCCUUAAACCAGAAGAUUCAACUGUCCUGCUCUUUGAAGCAGACACAACUUCUCUGCGCCAGACCAUCACCACAUUUGGGUCCCUCAAGACUAUUCAAAUUCCUGAGCACCUGAUGGCUCAUGGUAGUUCAUCAAAUAUUGUGCCCUUCCUGGAGAAAAGAGGCUAUAUCCCAAUGCCAGAGCAGAAGUCAGCAUCCAGCAUCACAGCUGUCCCUCUCAGUGAAUGGCUUCUAGGAAGCAAACCUCCCAGUGGUCGACAGGUGCCAUACAUACCCAGCACCAACCCCCAAGACUGGCUCAUUCAAAAGCAGACCUUGGAGAAUAGUCAGAAUUCCGCCAGAGCCUGCAAUUUCUUCAGUAAUGUUUGGGGCAACCUAAAGGGUUUGGAAAACUGGCUCCUCAAGAGUCAGCAACAAGAAGUUCCUGAAAAACCAAGUUACCAAAAGUGUAACAGCCAUUCUACUACCAGAUCUUUCUCCAUGGAGAUUGAAAAGGUUGAAGAGCUAGAGCUUCAUGAUCCAGAUGAGAUGGACCUAUCUGAUUGGCUGGUGACUCCCCGGGAAUCCCAUAACCUGGAGAAGCCUGAGAAUGGCAGCCAUGAACCCAGUGAGAAGUUCAAGCACUUGUUCCAGUCCUUCAAUGUGAGUGAUUGGCUUCUUAAGCCUGACUCCUGUACCAACUGUCAGGGCAGCCAGCCCAAAGGUGUGGAGAUUGAAAACCUGGGCAAUCUGAAGUGCCUGAAUGACCAUUUGGAGGCCAAGAAACCAUUGUCCACCUCCAGCAUGAUUACUGAGGAUUGGCUUGUCCAGAACCAUCAGGACCCAUAUAAGGUAGAGGAGGUAUGCAAAGCCAAUGAGCCCUGCACCAGCUUUGCAGAGUGUGUGUGUGAUGAGAACUGUGGGAAGGAAGCACUGUAUAAAUGGCUUCUGAAGAAAGAAGGAAAGAAUAAAAAUGGGAUGCCUGUGGAAACGCAACCUGAGCCUGAGAAGCAUAAAGAUUUCCUGAAUAAGUGGCUCUGUCCUUCCAGAAGAGAGAUUACAGAACAAACUAAGGUACCAAAGGCAAUGGCAUCUAGAAUUGCUGAUUCCUUCCAAGUCAUAAAGAAUGGUCCCUUGUCAGAGUGGCUCAUCAGGCCCUUAUGCAAAGAAGAAAGUCCCAAGAAAGUGCCUAGUACUGAGAACAGAGCUGGCAAACAAAAACUUAAAAGCCACAUGACCACUUCCUGGUGUCCCUUUAACACAGCUGACUGGGUCUUGCCAGGAAAGAAGAUGGGGAACCUCAGCCAGUUAUCUUCUGGAGAAGACAAGUGGCUACUUCGAAAGAAGGCUCAGGAAGUAUUUCUUAAUUCACCCCUACAGGAGAAACCUAACUUCCCCCCAGACUGUUACGGCCUCCCAGCAGUUUGUGAUCUUUUUGCUUGUAUGCAGCUUCAAGUUGAUAAAGAAAAGUGGUUAUAUCGAACUCCUCUACAGAUGUGAAGAAACACUGCUAGAGUCAAGCAGCUUUUCUGCAGAUUAUUAUGCGUCCAUGAACUGAGUGGCUGUGGCUUGCCAAAUCAAUGUUUCUGGGUCUGACCACUGAGCUUAGUUCCUUUCCUGCCUAGUUUUGCAUUAGUGAAGUAAACGAAUUAUGAGUUACUGUGUAAAAACAGCUGUUUGUUGAUGCUGAGGUGAUUCAAUUCCUUCUUUCAGAAGUAUUAACUUAAUUCACCCCAUACUAGAAACACAUCUUGAUGCGCAGGUCUUUUUCACAAGCCUCCAUGGCUCCUUAGAUUGGGAUGUUACUAGAGUACAUUAAAACAGUGAAGUUUUAAAAUGAAAUAGUUCUGUAAUCAAAGUGUGCUGAUGUAUUCUAAAGCUUGUAAAGUUCCCUAACUUUUUGGUUGCCCUUUAGGUGCUUCUUUUGCUGUGGGUUUUCUACUAUUAGUGGUCCAAAAUAAUUACUCUGUUCAAUUAAUACGUAGUAUACGUUACACAAAUAAUUAACCUUACAGUGAUUUUUUUUUCUUACCAAAAUGUGUAUUAAUAAUCUUAAUAAUUUUUGACAUUAACUAGCAAAAAUUUAAGACUAUGUAUCAGUUCUACUUUAUUUUUCGUUUGAAAGAAAUUCAGCUACUGCAAAUUUUGUCUUUAUUCUUUUCUGUAAAUGUUAUUAAAGUAUCCAGUGGGCUCUUUAGAAUGACUCUGUAUUAUCUCAAAACCAUUUUCUGGGUAGUCCUAACUUCUUUCAAAAUAUUCUGCAGACUGGGGGCUUUAGUGUGGACUAAUAGCAAAAAGGCAAGACAUGUUGGAAGUGUAGUACUACUUGAACACUCUCCUACAGAUUAUUGGUGCAUUCUGUGUAAAUGGAAGCUGAGCUUGACACCUGGUGCUUUUAACUAGGGAUAAAGUCAAUGUUCUCUCACUGCAAGCACAGCAUACCUACCUGUGCCUCCAAAAGUACAGUGCAGUGACAUUUUAGUGAACAGGUUGUUUUCAACCCUUGUGCCUUGGGGUGUUUACUGAAGCUUGAUGAAACUUGAUGUUUUCUCAAUAUCCUUAAAGUAAUGUCCAUGCUUUAAAAAGUUUCUCUGUAGGAGAGAAGUGAGAUUUACAAUGUUUUUAAAUUCUCUUAAGAGGAAAUAUCUUAGCUGCUUUCCAGGCUUUUAAACUAUCAAGCCUUCUAACUGCCUGUUACUGGAAAUACUUUUGGGGAAACUUCAAGGUCCUACAGUGUCAUUGCCAUAUAGCUUCACAAAAUUUCUUUGAACCGUAGCUUGAAAAAAGCCUCAUAUUUUUUAAUCCUACUCCAAUACCAUUUAGAAACUUAUAAUAAAAGUGGUAGGUAAAAACAGCUUAAGGAGCCUUUCUAUGUUAGGUUGCAGGAAACUUGGUAGUUUCUUUUUUGAGGUCUAAUCCACCAUAUUUUACUUUAUCAAAAUGUAAUUUACAUUAAUCACUAUGCUAAUGAGUAUGUAAAACAUUCUUUGCAUUGAUGCAUUUUGUACUUCCCUUCAUUAAAAGCAUAACAGCCA